AGUACUCCUUCAGCCUGAUGACUCCUUGCAGAUUCUAGCACCCGUGGAAGCUGAUGUGGGUUUCUAUGCUUGCAAUGCAUCCAAUGCCUUGGGAUCUGACUCUGUCUCCAUUGCUGUUACUCUAGCAGGAAAGCCACUGAUAAAGACAUCAAGAGCUACUGUGAUCAACACUGAAUUACCUGCUGUCACUGUUGAUAUUGGAAGCAUGGUGAAAACAAUCCAGAAAGCAAAUGUUACCAUUAACUGCCAGGUUGCAGGUGUUCCUGAAGCAAAAGUUACUUGGUUUAAGAACAAGGUCAAGCUGUUCUCUGCUCACCACCUGCAUGAUGGGUUGCUGAUAAUCGCAAAUGUUUCUCGGUCAGACCAGGGGUUGUACUCCUGCAAGGCAGCCAAUCUUCAUGGGGAGGUAACUGAAAGCUCCCAGCUGUUGGUUCUUGGUAAGUCCAGGGUAUUUUGCAUUUGCAACAAUAGUAAUGUGGCUACUAGCACAUCCAGACAGCAGAACUAAUCAGAGGUUGUGGAAGGAGGAAAUG